AUGAGUGCAAAACAAAUAAGUUUUUUGAAUAAGAUUAGUUUCAAGACUAAGAAACCGCAAAUUUUAAUAGAUUCUGCUAAAUAUUCUGGUUUAAGGCUGACUUUUCAAUACCAGAAUCACAAUGGUCAUAUGGGAGCUCGUAAAUUUUGGCAUGAAUAUUUGCCAACUUUAAAGUUUUACAAUCCAGCUUUACAAGUCGAUGUUUUAAGAGUUAGGAAUAAUGACAAGUCCAAUGUUAGAGUUCCAUGUAAACUAGAGGUUAUUUCUAAAGAUGGAGAAGUUUUGAAAACUAUUAAUAUGAAAAACCAAAAACAUACUAGUAUAAUGGAUCGAUUGUUGGAGGAGGUUGAGCAUAAACCAGUUCCAACAAAAGAUUUAAUAGAAAUAUAA